ACGAGCCCUACCACUGAUCGAGGUAUCGAGCAGGCACUGUUGGUACCUGGUAGGGGUAGGUCUAGCCACUGACCUACUCCUCGCGUACGGCGUACCAGCCUCUCGCUGAUCUCUUGCAGCAGGAAGCAGAGCCAGAGCCUAGACAGAGGUGGCGCCCAUGGACGCUGCACCCAGCCUUCAUUUACCUUGCAUAAGUGGCUAGCUAGAUCUCGCCCCCAACCUCGACGAGAGGGAGUACAACGUUGCCUGCUUCUCUCCCGUCCACGUUAAGAGAUCGUCGUCGACGCAUUUGCCUUGCUUGUAUAGUAGAGUGGGGGCGAGAGGGUGGUUAGGUAGUGGAGGGCACGGCGGCGAUGAGGCGGCGGCUGCGCAUCGGCAGGGUCCUGGACUGCUUCUCCUCCUCCCUGCAGUGCGCGGGCGGCUGCGUGUGCGUCCGCGCGCUGGAGGACGAGGAGGACGCGGCCGUCGAGAGGGAGGCGCUGGUGGCGAGCGGUCGCCGCCGGCAGCAGCAGCUGCAGGACCAGGUGCUGCGCCUCAGGGACCUCGUCGACGGCACCAGGACGCUCGGCUUCCAUCUACAGCCCAAGACGGUGGAGCUGAGGGUGUCCAUGCACUGCAACGGCUGCGCCAAGAAGGUUCACAAGCACAUCUCCAAGAUGGAAGGCGUGACAUGGUUCGAGGUGGACCUGGAGAGCAAGAAGGUGGUGGUGAAGGGGGACGUAACGCCCUUCGAGGUGCUGCAGAGCGUCUCCAAGGUCAAGUUCGCGCAGCUCUGGAUGCCCGGGCCCCAGCGCACCAGACCGAUCCAUCCUUGAUCCUUCUGAAGAUGGCAAUGGCAUUCGUACACGCAUGGCAGCUCGCACACGCACGGCCUGAACCGCAGCAGAUCCCGCGAGGGUUCUCGUCGAGCUCGCGCCUCGCGCCAAGACUGGCUCUCGCUUUUACCGCGCCUGCAGGGUGCAGGCCGCAGCGUUUCCUCAAGGCCGAGUGGGACGGUGGUAGGGCGAGCUCUGUACUGGUGUUGCUGGUAUACUAGAUACUAGUGUCACAAGGGAGUUUGAUAUCUCAAGGGCUGUACAAAUUGCGGUGAGCAGUGAAUGGCCUGUACUCUCUCUCUCUCUCUCUCUCUCUCUCUCUCUCUGCAAAUAAAAUAAAAUGAAGUGAAAAAAAUGAUGCUUUUACCAAGAAGAUUGUGUGUGUUUGGAUACUGGCCCAUGGACAGACUUUCUCAUCCGGGGCCAUGUCAAGCCCAUAUGAUCCUUUGACAAUUUG